GGAAGGCUGCGUAACAGGUAGUGCUCCUCGGCAGGGGACACGCGCGCCUCUCGACUUCCUAGCGACAGUUUUACCGGUUCCAAUCAUAUUCGUCGCUCAUGGCUUAUGAUGAAGAGCGAGGGAUGAUCCUGGAAGACUCCCAGAAGAGAGCUUGAUAGAGUGCAUGCAAUGACUAAGGAAAAUUCGAGAGAAUGCAGCAAUUAGAAUAGUGAUAUGGCUGCGACGUUGAUGAAAAACUAGUUUUUAGUAAAUGCUUGUAUCUUAGAUGGAGACUAGAUAUAUUACAAAAAUGAGGUCAUGUGCAUAGUUUAACUUUUUUUAACCGUAAAAGAACUCUGAUGACUAAUAGAGAUACAAAAAAAAUAAUCAAAAUGAGUUUUACGUAGAACAGCGUUCUGUUGAUAAACAUUCCGAUCACGGACGAAUGUGUGUGGCCGUUUUUGGCACUCUCUCAGAGCAGUAGAACGAAGAUAUAUUACCAGAGAGGGAGAGAAAGAAAGUACCUCCAUUAUCCUGAAAGAAUUUAUUACGGGAAUAGCGGUUUCAUCGAAGGAGGAACAAAAACGAAAAGGGAAAAAAAGAUAAAAAAAGAAACAAGAUGGGUAGAGGAACCCAUUACUGGCUGAUGUUUACUCUACUGACGAUCUUCUUGGAAAAAGGAACCACCAGUAUCAGAAUAACGAAAGUCCACGUGCCCAAUUUCUUAGAGGCAGGGUCAGCAGGUGACCUUGACUGUACCUGGGAAGAAGAAAAUGACCACAUGUACUCCAUCAAGUGGUACCAGGCCGCCCACGAAUUCUACAGGUAUACGCCCACGGCCAGAGAUCCUAUUCAGAUCUUCGACCCUCCGACACUUGACGUCGACACUGAGAAAUCGUGGGGCGGAAGCGUCAGGAUAGCGAACGUGACCCUGGGAGCAGCAGGUCCCUUCCACUGUGAGGUUUCGGCAGACGGCCCAACCUUCCACACGGCAUCCGAUCAUGCCAUGUUAAACGUCAUAGAUUUACCAGACGGAAGCCCAACUAUACGCGGUGUCCGCGCUCAGUACAUUCCAGGAGACUGGGUCGACAUUACCUGCAUUUCCAGGAGAUCCAAACCUCCCCCCAGGCUUUCCUUCACUAUUAACGAUAAGCCUGUGAUAGCCAGCUGGAUUGAGCCGCAAAUCAACCAACUAGACAGCGACGGCCUAACGACAUCUUCUCUCCAGAUGCGCUUCUCUCUCUCACCUCGACUCCUCCAGCGCGAGGGAUACGCCAGGGUCCGUUGCAAGGCCCAGAUUGGGAGAAUUUACGAAGACUCGGUCGAGGAUAUAUUAAGUACAACGCCCCCUUUCCAAGCGUCGGUACUCGACGGUGGUCGAGCGUCAGGCUGCAGCCCUAGGGGAUGCCAGUUCUGCAGGUUACUACUGUGCUUCCUGGUCGUCUCGCCCUUGGGUCCCUAUUUGCUCUAAAGCUUUAGUAAUACCACACCGAAGGAAAAUCAGCUUUUUGAGCUCCACACACUUUCGACAACCUCAGUCACAGCUACAUCAUGCCAAGCUUGGAAACACCUGUCUCUCAGAGAGGGAGACCAAACUUGAAAGCCUUUGAGGUGUCCCACUCUACAGCAAAACAUGCCAUAAGCACAAACGGGUUGGAAGCAAGUCAACAACCAUAAGUAGAGAAUGGAUCUUUGGCAAAUGCUGAAUAAUCGUAUGAAUCACAGGUCUGGAUUACGAACAACUCCUUGACUUCUACCCAACCUAUUUGUGGUGUGUGUGCGAUAUGGUAUAGUCGUGUAUUCAUGGCAUGAUUUACUGCAGUGUGGACGAGAGCCCUUAAAGAAACUUGGUCGCUAGUUAUCGACACGACGGAUACAGUAGCCUUUGGAAAGAAUCGGAGAAAGAUCAGGCAUGACAAUUGUAAGUUAUUUGAAGUGAAGUUCUUUGAGAACUCGUUGAUGAUGAUCUUAUCUAUAUCCAGACGGAAAGGUUCCGUGACAGUAUGGCUAUACCCAACUCUGGCAAACAGCAAGAAUAUCUUAUGGUUAAACAAUGGAAAAAGGAAACGUGAUUUGACUCUAAUUAUGAAAGUUGAUGAGAAAUUAUGCUUUUACAGUCAUCACUAAGGUAGAUGAAAGCCCUUCCCAA